UUAAUGCUUUGUUCCGCUCACAGUACUUCGAUAUUUCCCACACGACCCAACAUCGCUCAUGUUACGAUCGCUUUCCUUUGUAUCGUCCAACAUCCGUAGCACAGCAUCGCGCAAUAUCAACAGAAGCAUGGCCACCGAUACGACAACGCCGGCAAACGAGUAUUCCGUAGCGUUCGUAACCGUGCCGGAUAAUACCGUGGCCGUUAAUGUGGGCCGCCAGCUGGUUGAGAAAAGUUUGGUUGCCUGCGUCAAUAUCAUCCCGGGACUAACGUCCAUCUACGCUUGGGAGGGUAAGAUUAACGAAGAUCCGGAAGUGUUGAUGAUGAUCAAAACACGUACCAGCCGGGUGGAGGAACUUAUACGGUUCGUGCGUGAAAUUCAUCCGUACAGUGUGGCGGAGGUUAUAGCAUUUCCGAUUGCGGAAGGAAAUGCACCGUAUCUAGAUUGGAUUGGCAAAACUGUGCCUAAAGGUGGAACAGCGUAAAGGUAACGGGUUUACAACUGUGAACUUUGAAUUUUUCGAUUUCUGGGUGGAAGGAAUAGAUUUGGUGUAUGAAAUGGGGGGCAAUUUUGAUAUUAUAUAGAAUACAUAAUUCUUUGCUUAAAA